AUGGAGAGCCACGCAUCAGCGACCCGUGUGCCAGCAUCGAGGCAGAAGAAUUGCAACGGAUGCGUGCAGACGAAAAGGCGGUGCGACAGGCGGACGCCCGUGUGCUCCAGGUGCGCCGAGAGGAAGAUCCCUUGCGCCUACGGCAAGACCAGGGUCGCUAGCCACGCUGAGCACAUGGAGGUUGAGUCCACUCCUCGGACGGAAGUACCCCAGUUUGGCAGCCCUGGUGCACCUCAUUUCGACUCUAUAGAGUCGCUCGAGUUAGGAUAUUUCGGUAGCCUACCCGUGGCUUCUCUGCCGGACACAACUUGCCUUGCCUCCCAGCCCGUCGUGGGCCCUUUCGACAGUGGAGACAUCCCGAUGGAUACAUUUAUGGAACUCAUUGACAACGAUACCUCGACUGCCCGCGACCAGUGGCUUGCACCUCUUGAUGAAAACCUUGUUACUGAACGGCCCGGCACUCCAGCCGACGAAGAAGUUGCAAGGACGUACGAGAAGAUGGCACCUUUUUGUGAUGGUGUCCAACCAUGGCAUCUCUACGAUCCCAAAAUGCCCCUACACCAGACCGUGAACCGCGUCAAAGGUUUCACGAAAGAGGUGGCAACACAAAACUCCACUCCUUUCCUUCACCGCUAUCUCUAUCAGUCUCAAACACCGCAAUGCAUAUUGUCAUGUUUUACAACAUGCGUGCUUUACGACAGCCGCACGCCGGCGAACACAGCAAUGGUGGUACGAGCACUUCACGGGAACGUUCGCGAGCUUCUCGACUCCGAAGCCGGGCGAGCCAUAGCUACCCCUACGGAGAAGCUUGCGCGGGCGCAGGCGCUCUUUCUAUACCAGGUAAUGCGCCUUUUUGACGAGAACAUCACGUUGCGAUCACAGGCCGAAAAGGACAUGCCGGUUCUGGAGACAUGGCUCGGCGAUCUUUGCAAGAUACGCGAAAAUCUAGGAAACUUGGCCGAUGAAAGGACCAGGAAUCAGGAGCCUGUGGAGUGGGAGAGAUGGAUCUUUGCCGAAUCCGUGCGGAGGACUAUUGUCAUGGCAUACUCGGUCAUUGUUUUAUACAACAUGAUGAAGAAUCCUGAUGAUGAUGAUGGUCCUUGGGCAUAUGUUCAUCGCUGGACGCUUUCCCGACCUCUGUGGGAAGCCAGUUCUGCAUUUGAAUUUCGUCGCCUGUGGAAGGAAACUCCGCAUUUCAUCAUUGCCAAUUAUUCUUUCGAAACGUUUCUCGAACACGGCAGAGCAGAGGAUGUAGACGACUUCGCGGAGAUUUUGAUGACUGUGUCAGUUGGCAAACGAGAUCAUUCAGCCCCAAGCAGCGCUAAUGUCCUGGGAGACAGAUACAUGGGCGUAGACGAGACAAAAGAGUUCAUCUCUUCACGUGCGACUCAAAAUAGGGAAAUAUGCUGA